GCGGGUACUGUGUAUGCAAGCCAGGCUGGGGAGGACAUAACUGUGAUCAGUCUGCAAAUGAUUGCGCAGGAGUUAUCUGCCCACAAUACACUGUCUGCAUUGACGGGCACCGAAGUCAUAGAUGCCAGUGUGCCCCAGGACACAGGCUGAUAGAGGGAUCAUGCCAAGAAUAUGAGACAAUCGCUGCUGCAGUAGAGUCAAGUCCUGGGAUCGGAGAACUAGUCGAUGUGUUCAUCUUGUACAGAUUGCCGGAAUCGUACAGAAUUAGGAAAAGCAGCCUUCCGAAUUUUGUGUACACUAUUAAAAUUGAAUCAACUGGAGAACAGUUAUGCGAGGUCAAUUUCCGGGAGUCUAGUUCUUACCUGGACAGGAGCUUUCGGAUCCAGGGGUCACUGAAAAAU